AUGAACAGUGCGCUAAGUUAUCAGCAGCUAUCUUCUGUCCUGGCCUCGACAGGUUUCUCGGCUAUGAACGACCUCCAAUCGCAGUCCUUACCACACACCACUCAUGCAUCCCCAGCCCUGACCUCGGUGGCGCCUGCGACCGCACAGAACAACCACCGAUCGACCGUAUACCCUGACCUUCUCGGUGCACCGCCCGUUCCACCACCAAGGACAUCAUCAACCCAGCGGAGUCACGGCUCAAGCGAGAGGGCCCCAGGGUCGCGCCACGGGAAGAGCAAAGGUGACGAGCGGAGCGCAAACCACCGCGAAAAGAGAAGAGAGGACUCGCGGUCCCGGCCACCAGUCCCGAGAACGUCCGAAGACCAGUGCGGAGGAGCAGGAGGGGUGAACAGUCGCAGCGAGGCAGCUUCGUCUUCAGCGCCCAUGCGCUCGGAAAACCCCGCGGAGACGUUCCCGGGCCAAGGGACCUUGGUCAAGGAGUCGAGCACAUUGAUCAAUCAGGUCUUAGUGAGCGACCCGUCGGUGGAUAUCGAGCGAGAACAGGUCCGACAAGCUGGUACAUCGGUAUCACCGUCAACUGACGGUACUCCAACCCCUGGGCUGGGCUUGGUGGGUAGUGACGGCGUGGAUGAUGGAGGUCGCGGCGGGCUGCGGAGUCGGCAUGAUUACAGCGAGAAUUCGAUCAAGCGGAAGGAGACAACAUUCGGUCAGUACAUUUUGGGGCAAACGCUGGGAGAGGGUGAAUUCGGGAAAGUGAAACUGGGGUGGAAGAGGGAUGGCAGCAUCCAAGUGGCUAUCAAGCUGAUCCGGAGGGAGUCUCUCGGAUCGAACCCCAGCCGGCUGCCCAAGAUCUACCGGGAAAUUUCGAUCUUGCGCGAUCUUUCCCAUCCCAACAUCGUCCGAUUACAUGAAAUGGUAGAGACCGAUAAGCAUAUCGGUAUCAUCAUGGAAUAUGCGUCCGGGGGCGAACUUUUCGAUCAUAUCUUGAAUAACCGGUAUCUCAAAGACAAUGCUGCUCGACGUCUCUUUGCGCAGUUGGUAUCUGGUGUCGGUUACCUCCACAAGAAGGGCAUUGUUCAUCGAGAUUUAAAGCUGGAAAACUUGCUGCUGGACCGAAACCGUAACAUCAUCAUCACAGACUUCGGUUUCGCGAACACCUUCGAUCCGGUGGAUGAGCUAGGCGAGGAGAUCGAAUAUAAUCUUACGAACAAGGAGUUUGUAAAGAGGAUGCGACUUGACAAGCCCAAUGCCAAGGGCUUAAGGCGUGGUGAUUUGAUGCAAACCAGCUGUGGAAGUCCCUGUUACGCUGCACCAGAGCUUGUUGUUAGCGAUUCGCUUUAUACCGGACGUAAAGUGGACGUUUGGAGCUGCGGUGUCAUCUUGUAUGCGAUGCUUGCCGGUUAUUUGCCAUUCGAUGAUGACCCCGCGAACCCGGACGGUGAUAAUAUCAACCUUCUCUAUAAGUAUAUCGUCACUACGCCUCUCACGUUCCCUGAGUACGUGACUCCACAUGCUCGUGAUCUCUUGAGACGGAUAUUGGUCCCAGAUCCGCGGAAACGAGCGGAUUUGUUCGAGGUCGCACGGCAUAGCUGGCUUAACGAGUACUCGCAUAUUGUGUCACACAUAACUAGCAGUACUACCAAGGUUGCUGAUAUUGCUACUACAACUGUUUCUCAUGCUCCCGCUCUGGGUGGUCUUGUUCAUCACGCUGGCAAUAUCUCACAGGAACAACCUGCAGAAAGCUCAAAGACUCCCCGGGACACGAAACGAAGGACCGUCCAGGUCGAAUAUGUUGCUCCUUCGUCUCAGACUACGAGAGGGGAGGGCAUAGCAUCAGCCACGGCGGGCCCAUCGAGUGCUGUUGAAACAGCUGAGCAUGCGCCCACUCGAGCAAGGUCAAAUAGCCGAGAUGCCGAGACUGUCUCGCCUACCAGUGCCGUACCGCAAGACCCGCCUAUGGCGCCGAGCGCACAGGCUGGAGACUCAAAGGCACAGCGCCCGCCAUCUGGGCAUUUGCCUCGCUCAACUUCGGACUCGACGGCGCUCACGGGAGCGGGGACAAUGCCCCAGCCGCAUUCUAUGCGGCCUACCACGGGUGCAUCCAUGUCUUCAUUCAAUACUGGUCGUUUGCCAUCGCGAGGAUCCUACGGGCAGCCCGUAGCUCCCACUGUGGCAGCAACCAAUGCCCAUGGUCGGCUGGCACAACCGAAGAGCAAACAAUAUGUCAUCUCGAACCCCAUCCCCCAGGAUCCCUCCCAACAGGCAGCGGUGUCGAUUGGCCGUCCGAGCACCCAGGCUCUUCCUGCAAAGUUCAAUACAACCCCCCGACAAGAACCCCCGAAAGGCCACAAGAGAUCAAAUACUGUCUCAGGGAUUGGCGAGAAAUUGUUUGGGCGGUCUGGGUCCAUUUUUGGAGGACGUGGCGGGCAGGCAAAUGCUCGUCAAAAAAGCGGCAAACGUUAUCCUCCUACCAGUAUGAGAGACCCUUAUGGUGGUGAUAUGCCCCGGAUGUCUAUGGAUUCACGGCGGUCCAUGCAAUAUGGAUCAAACCGGAAGACGAGCGAAACAGGUAGCGAGAGUCGGCCUCGUAGAUUCUCCCUCUUGCCGGCAUCAUUCUCUCUCAAGGGUCUUUCUUCGAGUAGAUCUCAAACGCCCGAUGAAGAGUCACAAGCUGAUCGCUCUACGGAUAAUCGGGCACAGCCAAAACCAUCAACCGGGGAACUACGACCCCGCGCACGUGCGACCAGCCACGGGACACAAGAUGCAAUAGGAGCCAUGCCAGAAGGGGCACCGGCAGAUGAGGUUUUCGUCCAAGAUGAGCCCAUUAACUACCAGGCCCGUAUUGAUGAGCAGUUUGCGGUGUUGCAUGGAACCCAAUCUGCGACGUAUCAGCCAACGUCCUACUCGGCUGAGCAGGUGUACCAGAACGACAAUGAUCACUAUUAUCGGAACCAAUACGCCAAUCACUCGACACCGAACUACUACGAAGAAUACAAUGGUCCAUAUGACAGCGCGCCUCGGCAAUCUACGUCAGUUGCCCGACCUACAAGAGGGGCCAGUGUCCUACAGAAAAAUCAUCGGAAAUUUGCCGAUGCCUAUGAGUACGAGCGCGAUUCAUCGCAUCACUCUGGCAGCUCUGGUGCAGCCAGGAAAGUGAUGGAUUUCUUCCGUCGACGAGCGAAGUCGAGGGCUGGCGAUGACCGGUAG